AUGGAUCAACUUUUGGACAUGGAGCAGCUGAACAAGCUGACCCCCGAGCAGCAAGAGAAGGUCAUUCAAGGUGUCCGGCAACAAGCAGCCAUUGUUCAUGCCCAAAGUUUGAUUUCGGUAAGGUUUAUACGGUUGUUUGAAUUGAAAUUUAGAGUAAAAACACCAUUUUAUCUUACACUCGAUUUGAAUCGAUGUGUAAUAGAAAAUUGUAAAAUUUGAAGCAAUUUCGUGCAUAAAACAAUGUGAACCCGCAAUGUACCGACGGUUUCUUUCAGGAUCUUUCUGACAAGUGUAUUGCCAAGUGCAUUCCGGCCCCAGGAACUUCGCUAUCGGGCUCGGAAAAGCAGUGUCUUCAACGGUGCAUGGACCGGUUCGUGGAGAGCUGGAAUCUCGUCUCGCAGACGCUGCAGAAACGUCUUCAAGCCGAACUGGCCGCCAACCAUGGGCAGAGCAGCUUUGGAUCCUCAAGCUAUGGCGAAGGACCAUCGUUCUCGUAA